GGUCCAGAAAAGGUUUUCUUUUCGGGUUAGCGUAGGCUUUACCUCAAAGUCUCUCUCUCUCCCUUAACUUUUGAAGAUAAUCAUUCUCUGGAGCUGAUGACUUCGAAUAUUAUCGCCCUAAUCCCCUUCUCGAUUUCAAUUCUAUCUCUGCUCUCUGGUGAGCAACUUAUUGGGAUUUGAGGAAGAACUGGGCUUUCUUAAGCUCAAAAUCAACUCUUCUUCUUCACUCUGGCCGCUUCUGCAAAGACAAAGUGUGCUUCUCGCACCUCUGCGCAGGUGUGGGGUGGCCUUAAACUCCUACCUUCACUUUCUCUCCCAACUAUUUCUCAAGCUUCAGUCAUCUGGAGGCUACGCCGUGUCUCCGAGGGUCUUACCCUUGAUUACGGCUAACAUUUGUUCAUAAAACCUCCAAAAACUUUCCUUUUUCUACUCGGUGUUGUAUAUUAAGUUUAAAACAGUUUUUAGUUUUUUUUUAGUGUCUUCUAGUGGGGGAUGUACUCUAUGUUAUUGAGUUUGACACAAUGGUAAGGUUUUCAUGCUUCUACCCUCACAUCCACCGCCAUAGACCUAAGAAAUCAGAGGAAGGGGUUUCAGAACGAGUGAAUAGAGAGAAUGGGUCUAAGUCAAAAAGGUUGAGCUCAAUCAUAUUUGGAAGGAACAAUCCUUCCGUUAGUGAAAACAGCAAGCCAUCUGGCUCUACAGGUGUUGAUCGUGUCUGGAAAUCCGAGGAGAUAAAACCCAGUGGCGUUCUUGAGCAUGAUGCUGGGACUCCUGAGGCACGUCACCUCAAGAAAAGUCAGUCUCACGGAGACGAGCUGUACUUGGAUGUUGCCACAGAGAAUGGACCACCAGAUCAGAUCACUUCUCCAGAUUCUCUUGUAGAAGGAAGUCCUAAUCUGAUUCAGAAAGAUCCUAGAGGUUCAGUUUCUGCUUACCAGGGCUCUGAUCAAGCACUCUAUGGGUCUAUCUUCUCUGUUGGAGAUCUUCAUCAUCCUGAUGACACCUCGUUGGACAACUCAAACAGCCAAACGCCCUAUGAUUCACCGUUGCUUGUGAGAUCAAACUCAAUGCCUAUCAUUGCUGACUCUGCUUCAGAGAAAUCUUCACCUUCUCAUCACUCUAGGUCUAUCCACGGGACUGAUGAUGCAGAGGUGAAGCAAGAGCAAGAUCUAGAUAACAACAAGGAGAAUCUAGAGGAUGAUGAUGAUGAUGAUGCAUAUGAUGACUAUUCUUCCCUGGCAAAGGACUGGAUAGUACCACCUACAGAUGAGCUCAAGUUAACAAACUUCCUUGAAGGAGAAACAUCAAACCAGCCAGCAGAGUUUCCAGGAAAGGAUUCUAAGUUUAAGCGUAUUGAGGAUUGGGUCAAUGGCCUUCAGCAUGUAAACUUUACAGAGGAAGCUGAUGAACCAACAGGAUAUGAUGAUGAUGAGUUGCCAAGAGAGCCUGAGGCAACAGCUAAAGUAGAAGUCAUCAAGUCAAGUCCUGGAAUGGAAGCUGCAAAAAAGUAUAUAUCCUCAAUGAGUGCUUCUGCGACCACAGUCCAGCUUGUUAGUUAUGGUCUUGUUGAGAUACCGUUCUUAAGUGCAUAUGCUGGUCUGAGAGUUCUCAAUCUCUCAGGAAACUCAAUAGUUAGGAUAACUCCUGGUGCUCUUCCUCGAGGACUACAUGCAUUGAACUUGUCAAAGAACAGCAUCUCUGUGAUUGAAGGCCUACGUGAACUCACUCGUCUUCGAGUACUAGACUUGAGAUACAACAAGAUACUGAGAAUUGGUCAUGGUUUGGCUUCUUGCUCCUCACUGAAAGAACUAUACCUAGCUGGGAACAAAAUAAGUGAAAUCGAGGGUCUUCAUCGUCUCUUGAAACUAACGGUCUUGGACUUACGCUUCAACAAGUUCUCAACCACCAAAUCUCUCGGCCUACUCGCUGCAAAUUACAGUUCUCUUCAAGCUAUAAGCUUGGAAGGCAAUCCUGCGCAGAAGAAUGUUGGUGAUGAACAGCUUAGAAAGUACCUAUUGGGACUCUUGCCGCAUUUGGUGUACUACAACAGACAAGGAGCUAAAGAUGCUCGGCAUGGGACAAGCACGCUACAGUUGGAACGAGGUCUCAGAUCAUCAGAGAUGAAAAACAGUAGCCGGAAGAGUAGCCUUGGGGCAUCCAAUACCCACAAGGGUGGAUCAUCCACGGUGCGUAAAGCUUCGGGUUUGCAGAAGAGGUCUAAGGAGAGAAGUGGCCGUCUUCCGCCUGUGGGACACAGAGUAUCACCAGCUGCUUAUGAGAAUCAUCAUGUUGCUGCUGGUGAUAGGUUGUCUACUCUGAGAUCUGAGCUCUCUAUGAGGAGAAGCCGAAGCGAAGGAGCUCUUGGGCCUAACUGAUCUUUGCGAGGUUAAGAUGAAGAUGGUUUCUUUGUUCACUAAAACGUCGUCCUAUCUUUUUUGUUAUGUUGUUGUGCAUUAAAAGUUACUUCAGAGAAGCUUUGUGUUUCUUCCUUAUAGCUUCUCAAUAAUGUCUGAAAUUGUAAACAGUCUUAUACAUUUUUUCAACAUAGUUUGAGUUAUACUA